GUAUCCGUAUUUCGAGUACGUUCAUAAAAAUAGGGUUCGGCCAUUUUUAACAAGUCUUGUCAUUGUACUGUCAAGUAGUGUCAAAAAAUUUUUGGGUGGUUUUUUCGUCUUUUGCUUCGAAUAAAAUCAGAUCGAAACAUGUCUACGCGCAAGAAAGUCUUGUUGAAAGUGAUUAUUUUGGGCGAUUCGGGUGUCGGAAAAACGUCGUUGAUGAAUCAGUAUGUGAACAAAAAAUUUUCGAACCAAUACAAAGCGACGAUUGGGGCCGAUUUUUUAACGAAGGAGGUUCAAGUUGAUGAUCGAACGGUUACCAUGCAGAUUUGGGACACCGCCGGGCAAGAACGAUUCCAAUCUUUGGGGGUUGCUUUUUAUCGAGGCGCGGAUUGUUGCGUUUUAGUUUUUGAUGUAACAGCUCCUAAUACAUUUAAAUCUUUGGAUAGUUGGAGAGAUGAAUUUUUAAUACAAGCUUCUCCUAGGGAGCCAGAAAACUUUCCUUUUGUAUUAUUGGGGAAUAAAGUUGAUUUAGUUGAAGGGGAUCGAUCGAGAGCGAUUUCCUCGAAAAAAGCACAACAAUGGUGUCAAUCGAAGAAUAAUAAUGGGGGAGUUGGAGGCGCUGGGGGCAUCCCGUACUUUGAAACGAGCGCUAAAGAAGCUUUGAAUGUUGAACAAGCUUUUAAAAGUAUUGCUAGGAACGCGUUGAGCCAACAAAGUCAACAAACCGUUUGUGAAAUGUACAACGACUUCCCUGAUCAGAUUAAAUUAACCAGCGAUAGAGGGGCGUCUCGAGGGAACGGGGGCGGAGAUAAUUGUGCAUGUUAAGAAAUGUUUUUCUUUUUUUGAGGUUAGGUUUUUUUGCGAAAUUUGUUUUUUUGAUGAAAAAUUGGGGAGAUUUUUUUUAAAUCGUAUACAUAUUUAGAUAUAAUUAAAUAACGAUUAACAAUAAUUAAAUAAAUACAGCUAUUUUUAUUUUAUUUUCUUUUUGUUUGUAAACUUUGUAGUAAAAUUAAUUGUAAUUUUUUAAAAUGUAAAUGUGAUAAGUUGUUUCUUUGAUUUAUUAAUUAUUAAGUUUAGAAAUAAAGUGGGUUAAAUUGAAUAAAAAUAAGGAAUAAGAAUCUUUGUAAUUGUAUAAUAGCCUAAAUUUAAAGAGAAAGCACGCGUCGUUGUAUAUUGUGAAUUAGUAUUAAGGAAAAUGAAAAGAAAGUAAUGAUUAUUAUAAUGGGAGUAAAAUAAAGUUAAAUGAAAGAAG